AUGGCUACUUCGGCUGGAUCUUCUGGUCUACGUUUGUAUUAUCAGACAAAAAUCGACGAGUUUGAGUCUUUAAUCCAAGAAAAGGCGGAAACAGUGCGGCGUUUGGAGGCGCAAAGAAAUGAACUCAAUGGGAGAGUUCGCGGUUUGCGUGAAGAACUCCAACUACUUCAAGAGCCCGGCUCCUACGUGGGUGAAGUUGUCAAGCCAGUCGGUAAGAACAAAGCGCUUGUGAAAGUCCAUCCCGAAGGAAAGUAUAUCGUUGAUGUGGAGAAGCAGGUGGCUGCGUCGAGUGUGAAGCCCGGUGCUCGCGUUGCGCUUCGAAACGACUCGUACGCUCUGCACCUCGUCUUGCCGUCAAAGUUUGAUCCUCUGGUCUCUCUGAUGAAGGUGGAGAAAGUUCCAGACUCCACUUAUGACAUGAUUGGAGGGCUCGAUGAGCAGAUCAAACAGAUUAAAGAAGUGAUCGAGCUGCCAAUCAAGCAUCCAGAGCUAUUCGAUGCGUUGGGGAUUGCGCAGCCCAAGGGCGUCCUGCUGUACGGACCGCCUGGCACAGGAAAGACUUUGUUAGCUCGAGCGGUUGCGCACCAUACCGACUGUACCUUCAUCCGUGUGUCUGGUGGUGAGCUGGUGCAAAAAUACAUCGGCGAGGGCAGCAAGCUCAUUCGAUCUGUGUUCGCGUUGGCACGUGAACACGCUCCUAGCAUCAUUUUCAUGGACGAAGUCGAUUCCAUCGGCUCCGCACGCAUCGACAACAGUCGUGGCGGCGGUGACUCUGAAGUACAACGCACGAUGUUGGAGCUACUGAACCAGCUGGAUGGCUUUGAGCCAACGACAAACAUCAAAGUGUUGAUGGCAACAAACCGGAUCGACAUUUUGGACGAGGCGCUUUUGCGGCCUGGCCGGAUUGAUCGGAAAAUAGAAUUCCCCCAUCCAAAUGAAGACGCACGUUUGGACAUUCUGCGUAUCCACUCUAGACGAAUGAACCUAGUGCGGAGCAUCGACCUUCGAGCGAUCGCUGCGAAAAUGAACGGGGCUAGCGGUGCAGAUCUGAAGGCGGUCUGCACAGAGGCAGGGAUGUUUGCGCUGCGCGAGCGCCGAACGCAUGUUACUCAGGAGGAUUUCGAGAUGGCAGUCGCAAAAGUAAUGCGCCAGGACUCAGAGAAAAAUCUCUCUAUUGAAAAGAUGUGGAAGUAA